UUUGUCAUUCUCGAAGAAAAGAUGAUAAACUUUAGUUUGAAACCCUUGAAAGGUGAAUCAGCUGAUGAAUUCCUAACCAUAGACACCAUACCAGGUACAAAGUCCCGAUUCUCUGUGAUCUGAAAGAGUCGCAUCUAUGGCAGCCAACUAGCCUGAGGAAAUAAUCGUCACCGCAAUUCCAUGGUCAAGACUAUCUCAAGAUUCAGGGUACUGGAGAUGAGAUGUUCAAAGUAAUGCUGGAACCAGAACAUUUGAAUGCCCCUUUUAAGUUCGGGGGUCUUAGAGGGUUGCCUGUGCAGAAUUGCUUGGUUUUACGAGGUUAGAGAUGUAGGGUGAUGAGGGAUCAUGGAGUAAGGGAAUCUUGGACCAACAAACAUGUUCCUCCAUUUCCUCGCGGCGCCUGAUACAUUUGUUCCAUAACGGUCUGAUUCGUUUGAAUCCGAAAUUACUACUAGUGUGACCCAAAAGCUGAAGAUGGUAUAAUGGAAGCUCCGAGUAGGGUCGAAUGUAGAACCAUAUGUAAGGUGUCCUUGUUUCACUAAACUUGGGUGCUUAUAGUUAUACAGAUGUAGAACUAACUGAGGCAUCUAAAGAACAAAAGAAGAAAAGCACUAAAGGCGUUUCUAAAUACCAAAGUUGUUGACUGGAGAAAAAGUUGUAGCAGCCAUGUCAAGCUUACCAGUAGAUAUCACCACCAACAUUCUCUCAAGGUUAGAAGUGAAGUGCAUCUUAAGGUACAGAGAUUUGUUCUGGUGAUUCUCUUUUCAAUGGGCUUUGGAACCCAUCGACUAGGGAAUACAAGAAACUGCCGAUGGAGACAGUGGAGUUCUCAUGUCCUUUAUCAUCUGAGAUACCAAUCCUCCAUUCAAUCACAUAUGGAUUUGUUUAUGAUUCCAACAUUGAGGAUUACAAGGUGGUCAAAGUCAUGGACCUUGGUCCUCAUGGUUCUGAAAUUAGUGUCUAUACUCUGACAUCAAAUUCAUGGAGGUGGGUUCAACACAUGCCUUAUGGAUUUUUUGUUGGACGACGACCUGGUGUGUUUGUUAAUGGAGCUCUGCAUUGGAUAGCAACUCAUGUUAAUGAGUUACGGAAAUCUGAAUCUAUUCUGUCUUUUAAUAUCAGGGAUGAGGGAAUCCAAGAAGUGUUAAAACCACAAGACGUAAAUGUAUCCAAUGUAACAUUGGGUUUGUUGGGGGAAUGCCUUUGCUUAGUUUCCCAACAUCCUAUGGCUCGUAGUGAUGUAUGGGUGCUGAAAGAUCACGGGGUGACUAAUUCUUGGACGAAACUUUUCAGCGUAAACCAACAGACAGCUAUUGAUGGAUGCAGAAUUUUGAAUCCAAUAUUUGCUUUUAAGAGCAGUGAGAUUCUUUUCGAGAAUAUGAAUGAUUUUAAUCUGUUGGUUUAUGACCCAGAGCAUGGAAGUGUCAUCAUUCCAAAGGUUCGUGGUACUCCAAUGUGCUCAUAUUAUACAACAAUCAAUGUGAGGAGCCUAGUUUCACUUGAUUCAGGUACUUAUGUGGGUCAAGAAGAACCAGAAGAAACAACAUGACAGAAAAACGUUUUUCUGGAUAUGUUAUAAUUUUUUCUUUAAGGAGUAUCUCAUACCAUAUGGAGCUUACAUUAGUUCUUGUUAUCUCUCAGGAUUUUUUGUUGGUCUAGAUCCUAAAUUGGUUAAAUAGGAUGCAUUUUUGCAAAAUUUUAUCUGUCAUUUUUUUUUUUUUGAAAGGUCUGUCAUUUUCAUAUAUUGGUCCAAUCUUAAUUUGAGAGCUGUUUUAUUUGCUUUAGAGAUAGUCUGCUGUGUUCCUCUCUGUGUGCGUGCACUUUUUCAUGUUCUGAAUUAGGUACGUUAAUAACUGGGUAUAUGAAUGCAGAUUCAUUAAGUUUUAAUUGAUGGGAAUUUUUUCCCUUACCUAUUAGGUGCUGGAUACUUGGAUAUGCUUUAUAAGUUGAAUUAGGCUGUUGUAAUUUAAACCUAUCUUUUCUGCCACAUACUUAUAUAGAUAUUCAUUUGUU